AUGCCUAAACAUGAAAAAUCAUUGGAAAUGAACUCGGAUUUAGCCAUGGAAAAGGUUCUCGGUAUGUGGUGGAACACUGAGACAGACAACUUUCGGUGCAAACUUUGCACAGACCGCAACAGGGAUCUUCUAGAAGGAAUCACCAUUCCAACCAAGCGGGAUUUACUUCGUACAUUGAUGGCUAUCUACGAUCCUUUAGGUCUCAUAGCGCAUUAUUUAAUAUAUCUUAAGAUACUUAUCCAGGAGGUUUGGAGAGCAAAGACUGGAUGGGAUGAACAAAUCGGAGAAAGAGAGCUAGAAAAAUGGCGUACAUGGUUACGGGCACUGCCGGAGCUCGAGUCAGUAGGAAUUCCCCGUUGCUAUUACCGAGCUGAGAAUAAAGUCGACGAAGUAGAGAUAGAGCUUCAUACGUUCGUUGAUGCUAGUGAGCUCGGAUACGCGGCUGUUUCUUAUUUCCGUUUUGAAAAAAACGGAACCAUCCACUGCGCCCUAGUGGGAAGUAAGACCCGGGUAGCACCUUUGAAAUUCGUAUCCAUCCCCCGAUUAGAGCUGCAUGCUGCGGUGAUUGGUACGCGAUUAGCCAAAAGUAUUGUGGCGGGACAUUCCAUCAAAAUCGAUCGACAGUUCUUCUGGUCCGAUGCUCGAGACGUUAUGUGUUGGUUGCAAUCUGACCACCGACGUUACUCUCAGUUUGUGGCGUUCCGCGUGGGCGAGAUACUAGAGGCGCCAGAUGUCACCGACUGGAGGUGGUUAGGUUCUAAGGACAAUGUGGCCGAUGAUGGCACCAAACGGAAGAAUAAACUCGAUCUUUCACCAACGAGUCGUUGGUUUCUUGGGCCACCGUUUUUGUGGAAGUCCAAAGAAGACUGGCCCAGAUCAUCUUUGAAUUGCACGGUAACUAUGGAAGAAAUCCGUCCAAGCAUGUUACACCACGUCGAAGGGAAGCCCCGGUUUCUGUUAGCACAAAAUUUUUCCUCCUGGAACCGUCUGCGACUUAUUACGGCGCUUGCACAACGUUUCGCGACAAAUCUCCGCUUGAAGAGAAAAAAACAACAGCCGGCAAGUGGACCACUAACCCGAGAUGAACUUUUUAAAGCUGAGAUGUUCCACUUCAAGCAGGCACAAGAAGAUGUUUACGGGGAUGAACUAGCGACACUUACAGCAGGCAAUCAUCGUCUUCAUAAAAAGAAUAGCUUGUACAAGCUCAGUCCGUUUAUCGAUAAGCAGUUAUGCGGAUUUGAAGUCGUCUGGGUGAAUGUGUCUAUUUAG